CCAAAAUACCUACUUUAGCCAUACCAUGUCCAAUUUAGCAUCCAUUCUCAUAGGGCGUGACGCUUGCUCCGCACGUUUGUAGGACUGCCUCAUAGUUUUUCUUCUAUUCGGAGGCGAUGUCAAGGAUUUCAACUUCCGUUUCUCUUCCGCGCCUUGCCGCUGCCGCCACAGCCUCCGCCUUUCGGCGGUCCGCCGUUUCUCUUGUUGCGUCUUCUUUUCUCUGCUCAAAGAGGCGGAAAAUUUUCGCGAUGGCUGCUGUGGAAGCCACAGGUUCGAUGGCAUCUGCAGACUCUUUGGUGGUUAAGCUGCCAUUCCACCCAACCUAUGAUCUCAGGGGCGUCGUCGCUCUCGCUCUCGCUGAAGAUGCCGGAGACCGAGGAGAUGUAACUUCUUUAGCCAUACUUCCUUCUGAAAUGGAAGUGGAAGCUCAUUUCAUUGCAAAGGAGGAUGGUGUCAUUGCGGGGAUUGCCCUUGCGGAGAUGAUCUUUAAUCAGGUGGAUCCUUCAUUGAAGGUUGAGUGGUCUGUGAGGGAUGGUAACUACAUUAAUAAAGGCAUGCAAUUUGGGAAAGUAUGCGGUAAAUUUCUCAAUAUGAUUUUAAUAGUGUUCUAGAAAGUGAUUGUCGUUUAGAUGGCGAGUUUGGAGCAUUUAUUAGAACUCUUUGUUUCACUGAAGGUCAUGGCUGAUGCUGCAUAUCCUGCAUGCAUUUUAGAGACAAGAAAAACUGCACCAGGUCUACGCUUGGUGGAUAAGUGGGCGGUACUAAUAGGCGGAGGAAAAAACCAUAGAAUGGGCUUGUUUGACAUGGUGAUGAUUAAAGAUAAUCAUGUAUCAAUAGCUGGAGGUGUUGCAAAUGCUUUGAAAUCCGUGGAUUCAUUCUUGGAAAAAAAGAAUCUUAAGAUGCCUGUUGAGGUUGAGACAAGGACAAUGGAAGAAGUUAAAGAGGUACUAAACUAUGCUAGCCAAACCAAGUGCUCAUUAACUCGAAUAAUGCUGGACAAUAUGGUGAUUCCCCUGCCUAAUGGGGAUGUUGAUGUAACCAUGCUUAAAGAAGCCGUUGAAAUGAUUGAUGGAAGAUUUGAGACUGAGGCUUCUGGAAAUGUUUCGCUUGAAACUGUGAAGAAAAUUGGAGAAACUGGUGUCACCUACAUUUCUAGCGGGGCAUUGACACAUUCAGUGAAGGCGCUUGACAUUUCUCUCAAGAUUGAUACUGAUCUCGCCCUCCAUGUAGCAAGGCGUACAAAUCGAGCAUGAUCAUCAUUGCAAAUCUGAUUGGUAGUUGCUACAUUUGCAAGAAUAAAAAACUGAAGCUUUUGAGGCUGCGGCCUUGCUAUCGUAGACUCUCAGAGCAUAAAUAUCACUAAUUUUAUGAUUAAAUUUGCUCAACGUCCAAUUUAUUUGGAUCCAUCAUCACCGCACUGAUCAGAUGUAUUUUAUCCUUUGUAUGAGCGUAACACUUGACUAUUAGGAUCACCGUCACGCUAGCUUUCAACACCUCAACUACGAGGUUGAUUUGUAUGGGGCGGAAAAGUUCACUCAAUUCGAAGUUCUAGCUACAUUACAUAGCUCAACAUGGCAUCCAAUUCAAAACAUAGAUAAAACAUCGUAGUAAUGGCAAGGUUGGUUCAACAAAAGAUUUUUUUUUUUUUU